AUGCUUAAUCCUUGCAUCUCACAGCUUGGUUAGUUGAAUUCAACCUUGCAAGAGAGUACCAGAAAUACUAUCAGUUGUUUGAUGGCUACAUUCUCAAUCAACAUAAUGUCUAUGUCUCAAACUGUUGAUACAUAUGUGGAAAAAAUUUAGUUCGAUGUAAUGUGCAAGACCAUAACUUAGCCCUUGUUACUUUUGUACAAUGUUGGGGAUAGUGUGCAAACAUUUUUCAGAGAUAUCUGCAGUAAAUGA